AUGCUCCAAAUCCGACCCCAAUCCAGCAUCAAGGAGCAUUGCUUCCAGCUGCGGCUGCGCUGGCCCGACAGUCCCGCGCGUCUCGUGUGUCGCGAGGUGGACUAUUACAACGAGCUCAUCGCGCACGGCCGCAAGACCCAAGCCCCAUUCCCGUACCACCUGGCGGACUACAUCUGCCGUGUGCUGCGCAUCUCCCCCUUCCGCUACUAUAGCGACCUGCUGCUCGACGUCAUGAAGCAAGAGAAGUCCUACGACACAAUUCCCAACUUCACAGCAGCGGAUGCACUGAGGGAGACGGGCAUCGGGCGCAACCAGUUUAUUGACAUCAUGAACCGCGCCCGCGCCAAGCUGAUGUGGAGGGUGAACCGCGGAAUAGUGAAGGACAUGCUGCCAUUGGAGCCAGUGCCCUUCCCCAUCCAGCCCUGGUGGCUCGUCUGCGUCGUCAACCUCACUGCUGACGAGUACAGAAGGCUGACAGAGGAUGAGCUGAGUGUGAUAGAGCGCGGCGGGCACGAGGGAGACUGCAUGGCGGGCGAGUUUGACGACGACCUCGUGCGUGCGCUGCACUGCAAGGGGCUUGUCUACCUUGACGUCCCCGUCUACCCCAACGACCGCUUCCGUGUGUCAUCGCUGGAGGGCUUUGUGUCCAACAGGAACCAGCAAGGCGAGGACGCUUCUGAAAAGUACCUUUCGGUGUUACCGCAGCCCAUCUGCACAGUCAGUGCUAUAUAUGAGAACACCUCCAUCCGCUCAGUGAAUGAAGCUUCUCUCUCCUCCUUCCUUCCCCACUGCCCCAGGCUGCUCUACUCUCUCUUCGUCACAGCCAGCGAGCAGGCGACAGUGCACGAGAUGGCACUCACCCUCCAAGCGGACGUGCGGCAGCUAGGCGCCGCCAUCUCCCUCGCGUGCCGCCUGGGGUGGGCCGAGAAGGUCCUCGACCUGCACUCGCUCCUCGACCACAUGGACAUGGGGGGGGACGGGGACACCAGCGAUGGGGGCCUCGGCAGUGAGGGGUUUGGUGCUGGAGACGGGGGGUUGGGCGAGAGCUCUGAGGUGCCUCAAAAGGCGCUCAUGGUGGAUGCCAACCUCACGUCCGUCCUUCCUCAUGAUGGGCUCCUUCUCCUAUGGACCCCGCUUCCCUACCCCUCCCUUGUGCCCCUGCCCCUCUCAGAGCUGAAGCAGCAUGCAGUGACGCUGUUUGAGGGGGGAAAGCUGUCAGAAAGGAGUGUGGCAGAGCUGUGUGGGGAGCUGAGAGCGGUGGAGAAGACAAGACACAGCUGGAGGGCGAGCUGCACAGAUGCUGAACCCUUUCAUUCAUUGCCCGGGCUGUCACCUUCUCCUCUUCCCUUCAUCCCCUGCUCUCCCCCUCUCGCUCCUCCCCCCCGCCCUUUCGUGCCGACUGUCCACGUCCCCCACAGAGCUGAAGCAACACGCAAACUAAAGCAGCACGCGGUGACUCUGUUUGAAGCAGGAAAACUCUCAGAGCGCAGUGUAGCAGAGCUGUGUGGGGAGCUGCGAGCGGUGGAGAAGACACAGCUGGAGGGCGAGCUGCAGAAGUUCACGGACCACGCCUUCAGCCUCCGAUACGCCCUCUCCUGCCUCCGCACCGGCACCAUUGACAUCACCUCCGCCCUCCUCACCCCCCGCCCUGCUUCUUCUGCUGCCGCCGCCGCCACUGCAGCAGCUAUCGCACCGCCCCACCCUGCCCCUCGCUCUUCACUCUCUAGUCAGCCCAGUGCUGCCAGUGACCCUCCAGGCUCUUCGGAAUCUGCACAGGGGGCGGCUGUGGGGGCUGCUGCUGCAGAUGCGCCUGCCCCGGAUGACACCUGGUCCACGCGCAGUGUGGCUGACUCUGCCUCUACUGUCGACCCCUCAGACCUCCCCCUCCCCAUCCCCUCCCACCUCGUCGCCUCCUCCUCCUCCCAGUCCCUCCCUGACUCUGUCAGCGCAUCGCAACCCACCUCUUCACAUGCCGACUCUGCAACCGCACCUGAUGGUGUUUCAGGCAGCAGCGCGGCAGGCUCGGAGGGGUCUCGGCUGCAGGAGAAGCCGCUGCACCCACGGGCUGCGUCGUACCCGGCACUGGCAGCAGCAGACGCAGGCGACGAUGACGGCUCCUCUUCUCCUGCUGCCCCGCCCCCUCCCGCUGCAGCCACAUUACCACCAUUACCACCAUCAUCCUCAUCUUCCUCAGCAGCAGCAGCAAUGUCUAACCGAGCCACGUUCAACCGGGUGGAAGUGCUGCGAACAGAGAGCCUACAGGGCCUAGCACCCGCCACGCUGCACCGCCUGCUGCGCAGGGAUUUCGACCUCGUGGUCUCCAUCGUGCCUCUCCCCAAGCCCCUCAACGCCGUCGUCCCUGACGGCUCCGGCCCCGCUCACUUCGGCCCACCCGCCCCCGCGUUCCUCUCCCCGUGGGCGAAGCUGUUCCUCUACGCGAAAACGGCCUCUGGUCCGGUUUCAGUGGUGCUGAUGAGGGGGCUGAGGCUGAGGUUGCUGCCGCCGCCGCUGGUGACCUGUGACAAGGCGUUGGUGUGGACGUGGGAUGGGAUGGGGGUCGGGGGAGUGGGGGCGAAGAGUGAAGGGUCGCUGGUGCCUGGGACCGUGCUGCUGCAUGUGGUGAACAGCUUGCUGAGACACUCUGCUGUGAUGAUCCAGCCUCUGGCCGCCCCGCCUGCUCCUGCUCCUGGUUUCUCCCGCACUGGGUCGAACUCAGCAGCGAGAGCAGCAGGGGGAGGGGGAGGGGGAGCGGAGGGAGGGUUGUGGGGUGCGGAUGGGGCAGUGGAGGGGGUGGGGGAGGGCGUGGGGUGUCUCACUGAGGAAGGGGAGCCGGAUAUUGCAACGGUUGCUCUCCCUCUGCCCCCUCGCUCUCGGCCUGACCCCAGUGAGGCUCGAGCAGCUGAUGGGGUGUUGUCACAGCCGCAGAAGCCGCAGGGAGGGGGGAGAUCAUUAGGAAGGACGAGGCUGGGGGGUACUGAAACUGCUGGGGAAGCGGUGGGUGGUGCAGCAGGGGGCGACGAGGGACGCAGGAGUGAGGGAGUUGAGGGCGAGGGGGUAAGUGAUAGCACUGGUGGUGAUGGCGGUGAUGGCGCAGGGGCAGUGGUGCAGGGAGCGGGGCAGCAGAGGGAGGAGGAGGAGUCGCCAAUUGUGGCAGCAGCCAGGCGAGCAGCAGAGGUGCUGGCUGUGGAUGCUGUGGGGUUCGUUAGAGUCAUCCGAACAGAGGCAGGGGAGGACGAGGACGAGGACGAGGAGGAUGCGGAAGGUGGGGGUGCUGCUGGCACUGGCACGGCCAGUGGAAAAGGGAGCUUGAGAAUAGACGUCAGUGAAGGAGACGGGGCAGCAGUAGGCGCCGGGGGACUCUCACAGACGCAGCAGCAGCAGCGGCAGCGGGGGGAGUGGGUGGCACACAGCGUAGAGUUCGGCAUCCCCCUCUUCGACACGCAGCUGUGCUGCCAGGUGUGCGACGCCGUGGUCGCUCACAGCAUGCUCACCCCGCCACAGCUCGCCUCGCAGCGCCGCUCCACCCUUUCCCUGCGCUCCGCCCUCCGGGAGUUCAUUUCUGACUACCGCCAGCACGGACCUGUCUCCCGGGCUGUCUACACCGGGAAUGUGGCUCUCCUGCGGUCCACCUCUAGACGUUGGUCUGCUUCUUUCGCCGCCUCCACUGCUGCUGCGUCUCCCUUCUCGGUGCUGCUUCCCAGACGGACUAACCAAGCUCCCAGCUUUGCAGCCACUCAAGAUGAUCCCCAGGACCCCUAUGCGCAAUCAAAUCGCGAUCCAAGCUUCACAUCAGAGGAGGAAGAGGACGAUCUCUCCCGCCCGGCGUACCCCGGAGUGAAUAUGAUCUUUGAUGGCCACCUGCUUCUGCCCAUCGAUCUCUCAACCUAUCUGCACGGGCGGCAAGCGUCGACUCUUGUGGCCCGUGCAACCUCGAUGUCUCAGCAAUCCAUCAUGUGGUGA